AUGAGAUAUAUACAGUUUAUAUACAGUCUGAACAGUAGUUCACAAUAUGAGAGUUUAUUCUACAUAAAUAGUCAAACUAACCACUUAAAUUUAUUACACACAAACUGCCACUUUCUGUUCAAGUAUGUAUAUAUCUACUUAAUAUGAGUUGGAUUUUUGAUAAUAAAACACGUACAUCAGUUUUAUUUUAAUCUGUUUUAUUAAUAUUUUUGUAUACUUUGUAUGUUCUACGUGUUAUUAGUUGCCUUGUCUUUAGUUUUAUUUUCUGCUCUUCUAAUGAAUCAGUUUAAAUGAUUCUAUAAAACUUGUGUGCAUGCUAUAUAACUUGUUGGUGCUGUUUUUUUUUUUUUGCUUGUUUUUUAAGAUGUAAUUUUUUUUUUCUAGGUGGUGAAUAUUAUCCAGGUAGAACCCUGACACCUUUAAGUAGGUGGACAGAAAGUAGCGUUUUUGGUGGAACAAACCUUUAAAACUCUAACUUGUUGGUUAGAAAGUACUAUUUGAGAGUGGAUUAAACCUUUAAAACAAGAAUUCAUGUAGACUUAUUUCUACUGUAUUCAUCCUUUUCUGAUGUUUUAGUCAAUCUUUUUUUUAUUUUACAAAAUGUGCAUUUUUUUUAUUUAGUACAUUUUUUCAUAUUUAACUUAGAUUAUUGUUAUUCUUCUGUAUCUUGUAUUUUAUCUUUUACCGCUUUGUCCUGUGAAUAAACUCUCAUCAUAAAGUUUUAUAAAUAAACUUGUUUUCAUCCGGGGUGACCGAUAGUAACCUCUGUGGAACUCUCGCGAUAUUUGGAGGCGGAAGUCAUGAGCGGAGUCUCGGCUGAAGCGGAGCCGUCGGAGUCGAGCAGCGACAGUUGUGGACGACGGGAGGCGAAACAACAGUUUGUUUUCAUGACAAAGCGGUGAACCGGGAGCCGCCGCCGGUUCGUCCGCCAACAAACCGCCGUUUUUAAUCCACGCUUCCGGCGGAGCUGUCGGUGUUUUCAUGUUGUGCAGCUUCCGGCGGCUCCGUGAACACUCACCGCGGGCGGAUCGCAUCAGUUCGCCCGGAGGGUCAUCGUCCGCGGCGACACCCUGAGCUCCGUGAACCGUUUGGAAAAUGACCGGAGAGAAGAUCCGCUCGCUGCGGAAGGACCACGGGCCGAGCAAGGACGAGGACCUCCUGGAGCCGGACGAGGAGGCGGCGACCGGGACGUUCACGGCGGCCAAACCGAGCAACAAGAGCCGGGCGAGUAAGAUCUUCAGCAACCACAAGUUGAUCAAGUCUUCGUCCGCGCAGCAGCAGAACCAGCAGGUCAACGCCAACUCGGUGCCCGCCGCCGAGCUCAUCGACGACAACAACAAGAACCCCGUCCUCCGGACCGGACACGACUUCCCGGUGCACGAGUGCGUGUUUAAAGGAGACGUCCGCCGCCUGUCGUCGCUCAUCCGGACGCAGAACAUCGCGCAGAAAGAUGUCCACGGAAACACUCCGCUGCACCUCGCCGUCAUGAUGGGACACAAAGAGUGCGCCCACCUGCUGCUGGCCCAUAACGCCCCUGUGAAGGUGAAGAACGCUCAGGGCUGGAGCCCCCUGGCCGAGGCCAUCAGCUACGGAGACCGGCAGAUGAUCACGGCGCUGCUGAGGAAGCUGAAGCAACAGUCCAGAGAAACCGUCGAGGACAAGAGGCCCAAGCUGCUGAAAGCCCUCAAAGAGCUCGGAGACUUUUACUUAGAGCUUCACUGGGACUUCCAGAGUUGGGUGCCUUUGCUCUCCAGAAUCCUGCCUUCAGACGCAUGUAAGAUCUACAAACAAGGCAUCAACAUCAGACUGGAUACGACCCUCAUAGACUUCACAGACAUGAAGUGUCAGCGCGGCGACCUCAGCUUCAUCUUCAACGGCAACGCCAUUCCCUCCGAGUCUUUUGUAGUGCUGGACAACGAGCAGAAGGUCUACCAGCGGAUACACCACGAGGAGUCGGAGAUGGAGACCGAGGAGGAGGUGGACAUCCUGAUGAGCAGCGACGUCUACUCGGCGACGCUCUCCACCAAGUCCAUCACCUUCUCCAGAGCCCAGACCGGCUGGCUGUUCAGAGAGGACAAGACGGAGCGCGUGGGAAACUUCCUGGCAGACUUCUACUCGGUGAACGGCCUGGUUCUGGAGUCCAGGAAGAGGAGAGAGCACCUGAGCGAGGAGGACAUCCUGAGGAACAAAGCCAUCAUGGAGAGUCUGAGCAAAGGAGGAAACCUCAUCGAGCAGAACUUCGAGCCGGCGAGGAGACAAUCUCUGACUCCGCCUGCACCCAACACUAUAUCCUGGGAGGAAUACAUCACGGCCGACAACGGGAAAGCUCCUCAUCUGGGCCGAGAGCUGGUCUGCAAAGAGAGCAAGAAGAACUUCAAAGCCACGAUAGCCAUGAGUCAGGACUUCCCUCUGGGCAUCGAAUCGUUACUGAAUGUUCUGGAGGUCAUCGCACCCUUCAAGCACUUUAAUAAACUCAGGGAGUUUGUCCAGAUGAAGCUCCCCCCCGGGUUCCCCGUCAAACUCGACAUCCCCGUCUUUCCCACCAUCACGGCCACGGUGACGUUUCAGGAGUUUCGCUACGACGAGUUCGACGCGUCGAUUUUUACGAUUCCCAACGACUACAAAGAAGACCCGAGUCGCUUCCCCGACCUUUAACCUCCCCGCUGGACGCCAGCAACAAGGCGACGCUACGCUACGGCACAGACUUUUUAAAAUCACAACAACGAAGGGAAAAACAAGCGUUUCUUGACAUUUUCUGGAUCCUGAACCCGAAACCCAGACGUCCGAACGUCUCCUCGUAUUUAAGAGUUUUGAGGUGAAGCGCUGCAGCUUCUGACGGAAGCAGCGGCUGAGGCACAAAGUGCAGGAAACUUUAUGAGAGCAGCAAACUAAAGGGCAUUGAAGUGAACGUGAGUUCUGUGUACAUGAGGAGGAUGGGAUUGGUGGAUGCUUUGUAUGUAAGUAUGUUUAUAAAGGGACUGUAGUGAAGCACUGACGUCACCACGGAGACGCUGCAGAGGAAUUCCACUUCAAAUCGGCUUUUAGGCUCUUUUUGUAUUCGCUGGAUCCGAACGAGUCGAUUUAAGGAAAUGUUGAGGUGUGAAGAAUCAGUUUAGUGCAAAUUUUUAUUCAUUUGAAGGUCUGUGAUGACGUUUUAGACCAAAAUCACUACAAACCCGAAAAUCAACUUUUGCAAAACCUGAAGGUAAUUUCUAGUUGAAUUCCCCUCCAGCCGCGCACACGAUAACCUGUGAGUGACGAUUUACCGGCGUAGCAUCACUGAACUCGGAGGCACUACCCAGACCCACUACAGCUGCUUCCAGUCGCUCCACAGACACUUUGUGAUACUGAACCUUUAACCCUGCGUUCGGAACAUUUAAGUUUUCCUGGAGGCGAGUCGAUGCUGCAGGUUUUUAUGGUACAGCGGGUCUAAGUUCUGCUCAUUAAUCCUUCUGUUUCUUACCUUUUUUAAAACUGUGCGACAAACUGUGCAAUCCUGCUAAAAGACGAGACCCGAGGAUCGAAGAACAAGUAGGUUGAGCAGCGUUGGUGACAUUUUUACAAACAGGCUUUUCCCUGCACAACAUAGAAACAGUACGUUUUUCAUUUGUCUUUUUUCAUCCUUCUUCUGCAAAGAGGAAAAGUUUUUUGUUUUUUUUUAAUGUAGUUAAUUUGGGAUUUUAUCGGGUUGUAAAUGGUGGCUUUUAUUUUUUUGUACAUACUCGUGUUGUUUUUAAGAAAAUCUUUUAAUUAAUUUUUUCUCGUCAUGACGAACCUUCAGAUGUGCAAAAACGAGACGACAGGAGAGUCGAGCGUGAAAGUGGCUACAAGUAGUGAAACUCUAAGCGGAGCGUUUAAAGGUGCUGCUAUGGUGUAACGUUGGUACAAACGGGUUCCUGCAGGACGUCUUAGUGAACCGGUGGAUCCCAACCGUUGAAAUAAUCUGCUUAUUAUAUCCAUAUUUAGCAUCGUAACCAAAUGCAGUUUCAUUUCUCACAUUCCUUGGUGCGGCUCCUCUUCACUCGUUUUAUUUUCGACGCUCCUUCCCGACUCGAGCUGCUUCGGUUUUACACGUUUUCUGUAGGAACUUCUUCAUCUAUCUACCGUCAGUUGUACAGCAAAACCUGUUGUAUACGUCUGCGACACUAUUUUCAUAUAAAAUGUACUAAAAUAAAAAUCCACGUAUCUAACAAGA